UGUGGAAUUUCUUAACAAAGAAAUGGAAGAAAUUAUGGUACCAAAAGUGCGAAGCCGGAGUUUUAAUUUUCACCUCUUCAAAAAGGAAGAAGAUGAGGAGGUUGAUACUGAAAGAGAAAAACCAAUUACUUUAAUAUUACAUUUUUCAAAUUAA